AUGGUCCGCAGAGUCCUGAGGUCGACGUGGGAUGACGUCGAAGAGAGCUUCUUCGAGACACUCGAAUAUCGUCGUGCCGGCGCUGGCGUGGCUGACGUAGUUCGCACGCCCCGUGCACCGAAGGACAUCUACGAGCGAUUGACAGGCACUCCAACUUUCGUGCAGCGAUGGGCCACGACAGCGCCUGGCGUAUCGCCCGCGCGCCCGCGGCCUCCGUGGCCGGCGUGUGGUCUUGUGACUUCUAUACCCGCUUCGCGCCGAGAAGGUGGUCGAGCAGCAGACGGGCCUCCGUCUGACGAGCUGUGA